AUGAACCCCUUCGCGGCGGACAACACAAGCGACAGCGACGACGAGACAACUUUAUUAGUAGAGGAGACCGGCGUCAUCUACGGCGGCGAGGCGGCCCGGCCCAAGCGACGGAAGCCGAGGACCUGCGACCGCGUGGCCAUCGGCGUCGCCGUCGCGAGCUUGCUGGGCUUCGCGGCCGUGCGCCUCGCCCCGUCCACAAAACCGGCGACGAACUACGCCGCGCAGAUUAACAGGGAGACGCUCCAGUGGCGCGCGACGAACGACUAUGUGGAGACUUUAGGCGUGAUUGGGGCGGACUACGCGUGGACCUCUCAAGACACGCAAAUCAUCGACGCCUGGCGGCCCUUCCAAUUAUAUUUAGAUGGCCACACGUCGGGCACGGUCGUCUGGACUCUGACCGCCGCCGACGGUUCUACCAUUACCAAGUAUGGUAAUGGUGUAUCGCAUGAAAUUCAAGAAGUCGGCGACUUUGUAGUGAAAGGCACGGCCAUGGACGCCCAGGGCUACGUCGAGGGCUACUCCGAGGGCAAGCUCCUCGUAAGAUAUGUCAGGAGAGAAAUCCGCGACCUGACGCAAGAAGAUAGGAACAGAUAUUUGGAUGCCUUGGUGAAGAUGUGGGAGAUCGAAGGCGUGGACGGGAGGCGGAAGUACUCGUCGAAAUAUAUAUCUUCCAACGAAUUACUGGCGUUGCACGGCACGAACAGCGCUCUGAGGGACAACGACCACUUUCACAACGGCGCCGGGUUCCUGGCCCAGCAUUUGCGCCUGGACACGAUGGUCCUCGAGAGCGUGCAGUCGAUCGACCCGCGCGUGUCGACGCCCUACUGGGACUGGACGAUCGAGAUGGCCAUGGUCGACGGCGGCGAGCUCGAGUCGCCCUUCGAGUCGCCGCUCUGGACGGCCGAGUGGUUCGGGAGUUUGAAUUAUGCUGAGGAUCCGGUCGUCGUCGGCCCGCACUACGGGUUGUCUACAACAGAAUUCUUCGACAAGGGCUUCGAGAACUGGGCGAUCCAGGACGGCCGCUGGGCCUUCGCCAAGGUCCGGAAAUUCAAGGACACGGAUCCGGACCGGGACAUGUACCCCCGCAACAGUUACGGCUUCCUGCGAUCCCCGUGGAACAACAACCCGUCGCCGUAUGUUACAAGGGUCAACUUCGCGUACGUCAAGGAUGCUGUGGAUGCGGGCCUGUCGCCGGCGAAGUCCUGGCCGACGUGCUCGGACUUAUAUGACUUCAUCCAGCCGGCGACGACGGCCGUGGCCUUCAUGACGCAUCUGGAAGAUAUGACGGUCCACGCGAACAUCCACCAGUGUUUAGGGGGGACGAUCUUCGACGUCGAUAGCACGCAAAACUUGUUGGACGCCUUUGAGUCGGUUAAUGUGGAAGGAUAUACUUCCUGCUACCAGACGGUCAGUGAAAGGCACAUGUGGCGCAUGUACCUGAGCGACUUCCCGGACCAGUGUGACGAUCCCCAUUCCGACGGUGUCCUGAACUGCCAGCUCACGUGCAAGGACCUGCCGGACGACGACGAGCAACUCGAAAAGAUCGGAGCGUGGGCCGUGGACCACUACGCGUGCUGGAACGUCCAGGGCGGCGACUCUUCCGUAACCUAUGCGGACCAAGCGUCCUCGGCUUCCCUCAAACGCGUGGGGCGGGCCAUCUGCUCGACGACGUUCAUCAAGGGCGAGCACCUCGAGGCCUCGGGCACGACGGACCCGUCGUUCUUCAUCGUGCACCCCUCUUUAGCUAGAUACUACCAGAUGAAGCGCAUCAUGGCGCUCCAGGAGCCGGCGACUUAUGUGGAUGACUGGGCGCGCGCCGACCACGGCGAGGGCUCGUGCCUGCCGGCGACGGGCGAGUGCUUGGUGUCUUCCUCGAAGGACCAGCCGUCCGAAGAGUGCUGCGCGGGCCACUACCGCUACAGUACCUUCUUCAAGGACAAGAUGCGCACGCCGGCGGCCGGGGACACGCCCACCAAUGAAGCGGUUAUUGAUGCGGCGCACCCGGCGAACAUGGGCCUGGACAACUUGGUGUUCCAGCACCUGCGCUUCGACCACUGCGAGGAGGACUUCGCCGCGCUCCUGGAUCCUCAUUCCAGAAAUGAAGCGCCGCUCGACGGCUAUUUGUAUGAUGACCAGAGCGGCCCCUCGGCGCCGUGGGGCGUGAACGCGCAGGACGGCCACAAGCAGAACUGGGGCCGCCCGGCGAAGCCCACGGGCGCGACGGCGCCCUGGGGCAGCAACGCCCAGGACGGCCACAAGGAGGCCUGGGGCCGCGAGGCCAAGCCCCACUACCCGGACGCCGAGCCGGGGUCGAUGAACGGCGCGCCGCCCGUGGCCGACGACGAGGCCGACGCGUACGCGCACGUACAGGGCAUGCUGAGUUAAAAUCGUAUAUAUUAAUUGAAGACGGGGUGGGGGUAUCGACUAGCGAGGGUAUGCGGCCGCACGAAGGCGGGCCCAGCCCCA